AUGAAGACUGGACCUGGCUCAAAUCCAGUAGUCCUGUACUGGCAUAGAACCGACUUGAGGCUCCAUGAUUCCCCAGCUCUCCAUGCCGCCCUGGCCCUAAACCCAUCGGUGUUUAUUCCAAUUUGGACAUGGGACCAACAUUACGUUUAUAAAGCACGAGUCGGGCCCAACAGGUGGAAGUUCUUGCUUGAAUGCCAAAGUGAUUUGUCGACGGCGUAUACAAAGCUCAAUCCGAAACAAAAACUCCACGUCGUACGUGAGGGGCCGCAGACUGUUCUUCCCAAGCUCUGGGAGCAUUGGGGGGUGACCCAUCUUGUUUUUGAAAAGGACACUGAUGCAUAUGCUCGAGACCGAGACAACGCGGUCAUGCGUUUGGCCCAGAAGGCUGGUGUCGAGGUGAUUGUCAAGAUGGGUCGAACAUUGUUUGAUCCCGAUGACGUUGUGCGGAAAAACAAUGGCAAGCCUACCAUGAGCAUCACCCAACUGGAAAAGGCUGCUGUGAAAAUCAACAAUGGCAACCCGGAGAAGCCCCUAGAUUCCCCCAACAGCAUUCCCGACCCUUGGGAUGAAGAACGUAUGGAUUUGAGCAGUCUCAAACGAGAAUCCAUUGAGAACCGGCCGGACUUGAAUGCGGAAUACCGUACCAAGACAGAUGAACAAUUUGCUGAUCUUAUGGGCCCCUCGAGGGAUUUCGCUGUUCCUUGGCAAGACAUCGGCAUUGAUCUUUCCCAGGCCACAACUCCCCACCGAGGAGGCGAGCAAGAAGCGCUCAGAAUACUAGGAGAAUGCAUCAAAAAUGAGGAUUAUAUCGGCAGGUUUGAGAAACCCAAUACAUCGCCAGCCGAUUUCGAACCCCAGUCAACUACACUAUUAUCCCCUCAUCUUCAUUUCGGUUCGCUGUCGGUGCGGAAGUUUUGGUGGGAUGUUGAAGGGGUUCUGAAUAAACAUCGCAAAGCUAAAAAGCCAGUAUCGACUGUGCCGACCAAUCUGCCUGGCCAGCUGCUCUUCCGCGAUAUGUACUUCGCUGCCCAGGCACCUCUUGGGCACGCAUUCUCGCGAACAUAUGGGAACGAGAUUGCUAGAUUCAUUGACUGGCAUCUUCAAACAAACCCUCCCAGUCAGGACGGGUCGAUCGAAGGGUCCUACGAAGUGGACUCGCAAGAAGCGGAGGAAUGGUUUCAAAGGUGGAAGGAUGGUCGCACCGGAUUCCCAUGGAUUGAUGCUUUGAUGCGCCAGCUGAGGCAGGAGGGCUGGAUCCAUCAUCUAGGAAGACAUAGCGUUGCCUGCUUUCUGACUCGAGGCGGGUGUUACGUAUCAUGGGAGCGGGGUGCAGCGGUGUUUGAAGAAUUGCUGAUUGAUCACGAAGUCGCUUGCAACGUCGGAAACUGGAUGUGGCUCUCCUGCACGGCAUUUUUCGCUCAAUUCUACCGCUGCUACUCGCCUAUUGCGUUCGGAAAGAAAUGGGAUCCAGAAGGGUCCUUGAUCAGAAAAUAUUGUCCCGAACUAGCCAAGUUUGACAAAAAACACAUAUACGAGCCCUGGAAAGCCCCCAUUGCAGAUCAGAAGAGAUGGGGGUGUAGAAUCACUGGAGAUGGCAGUUCCUCUGGCUCCCUGGACUCUGAACACACGUAUCCAAAGCCAAUGUUCGAUUUUAACAAACGAAGAGAAACAUGCCUGGCUGGCAUGAAGCAUGCCUAUGGUGUUGGAUUACACGGAAAUGAUACCAAGGUCAAAGAUGGCUCUUGGAAGAAAGACUUUGGAGAUGAUGGAGAAGAAGCUGGAGAUAGUAGGCCAGCCAAAAGACUGAAGACAUAG